AGGCCUUGUUUACCGAACACCUUGAAUGAAAGUCGUCUGCGUUUGUCAAUCGUCAUGGAUCAAUUUUGACUUCCACAAACCGAACGUUUCUACUUUCUACUUCAGAUUAUAAAAUCUAUUAUCAAGUCUAGGUCGUACUGUAGAAUGAGUAAACACAAUAAUAGCGCGACAUCACGUUUGAAACAGGACUAUUUACGUUUGAAAAAGGACCCUAUUCCUUAUGUUGUUGCAGAACCCUUACCGUCAAACAUUUUAGAGUGGCAUUAUGUCGUAAGCGGUCCUGAAAAUUCGCCUUACGAAGGAGGAUACUAUCACGGAAAACUCUUGUUCCCCGCUGAAUUUCCAUUCAAGCCUCCAAGUAUUUAUAUGAUCACUCCGAAUGGAAGGUUCAAGCCCAAUACAAGGUUGUGCUUAUCAAUCAGUGACUUUCACCCAGAUUCAUGGAAUCCAGCUUGGAGUGUAUCAACUAUUUUGACAGGAUUAUUGAGUUUUAUGCUGGAAAAGAGUCCUACUUUGGGAAGCAUUGAAACCACUGACCAUGAAAAGAGAUGUCUUGCUGAGCAAAGUCUGAAAUUCAAUCUUGGAGAUAAAAUUUUCAAUGAACUAUUUCCAGAUAUUGCAAUAAAAAUCCAAAAAGAGAUUGAGCUAAGGAAAGCUGCUGUCGAAAUGGCAACAAAAUCUUCACUACCUACUAUUCUUAGCACAGAGAGCGGAAACAACCCUCUACCAUUCCUUGGUGAUCGUCGAGUGGGUCGGGUGGAUUACCCUGGACUACUAGCAAAUGUUGUUGUGAUUGCAGGCUUUACUUUAUUUGCGUUCAUUGUCAAGCAUGUACUAAAGAGUUUGAGCAUAGACUAAAUCCCAAUAUAUAUAUAUCCUCUUUAAUACACGAUGCCGAAAUUCAA